AUGGAUGGAAGGCAGCUUCUUGUCACUGCAGAGACAUGGUACAGCUAUUCGUGCGUGGUCCGACAGAAUAGGAUUGUUAGAUGGUAUUCAAUAUUGAUUAUAUGUUACUGGGGCUCUGGUGGGGCUAAAAUUCUAUUGGUGAUUAUCCGCUUGGUUCGUUGUCUGGAUACAAUUAUGGAGCCUGCCGCACGGUCCUUGAUUAUUUGGAUAUUUGGUGAGUAUAGCUCUACUGGAAAUCUCAUCCCAAAGAUAGCUCCAGUUGUUCUUAAGUAUCUGGCAUGGUCCUUCGCUGCCGAAGUGCUGGAGACAAAGCUUCAGAUCCUAAAUGCUUCUGCAAAGGUUAUCAUACAUUCUGCACAAGAACAGCUAGAAGAAUUCAAAAUGAUAGUGGCAUAUGUCAUUCAGUUGGCUGCAUGUGACAUGAAUUAUGAUGUCCGUGACCGUGCACGUUUCUUGUCAGGACUUCUACCAUGCUGUGCUACUGAAAAUGACCCCUCAUGUCGAUCACAGAAUGUAGAUGUUAUUAAAGAGCUAGCUGAUCAUAUCUUUGGUGGGAAGAUACCUCCUGCAUCUAAUUCAGACAGCAACUACCGGAUUUAUCUUCUGGGUUCCCUGUCACAAGUUGUUCUUCAUGCAGCGCCUGGCUAUGCACCACUUCCGAAGCCUCAAAGUAUGAUCUUAAUUCAUAAGACCGUAGAACCAAUCAGAGGUGUAGCUGAUUCCUCCGAAGGUACUAAUUCUGAUGCUGAAUCUGGAUCUUCAAGGGAUGGGAGUGGCUCUGUGUAUGAUUCAGAAAGUGAAGCUGGUAGUGAUUCGAUCGAUGAUUGCCAUAACCUUCAUCGUCAAGAGGAGAACCAGGAAGCUCCGCUGAUUCAUAUGUAUGAUGGUAAUGUAGAUCAAGCAUAUGCCGGUCGAGCUGUUGAUGAAAAUUUGGCAUCUCUCAUCUCUACUGAUUUGACAGAAUUAAUGUCCAAGUCAGCCUUGGAGUCAUGGCUUGAUGAGGCUCCUGCUGCACCACUUGUUGUUCAAGAUUCGGUACAGACAUCAUGUGCAAGGGUUUCUUUUACCACUCGCAGCUUUGAGAGAAAACCUAAAUUGCAUAGGUUGUUAGAUCCAUCGGCUAGUGAUGCCUUGAGUGUUCUAUAUGCCUUCUCAUCUGAGGUUUCACCCAAAUCACACUUGCUAGUAUGUGUAGACUUGUUUGUCGAGAAUGUUACAACAGAACAAUUAGCAGAUAUAACCAUUAAAUCUGAAGAGGCUUCUGGUAGCAAGGGUGGCAUGGACCAAACAUCAGAAGGAUCCGCAAACAUACCAACUCUUGUCCCUGUUGAAGAGAUACAGUCACUGGCUCCUGAACAGACAGCUAAGAUGCUUCUUCAGGUUCACUUUCAUCACCAUCUAUUGCCCUUGAAGUUGUCUGUCCUUUGCAAUGGGAAAAGGCAUCCAGCCAAACUUCACCCGGACAUUGCUUAUUUUGUACGACCACUACCCAUGGAUCUAAAUGCUUUUCUAUGCAAGGAAAACCAGCUGAGGGGAAUGUUUGAGUACGCUAGAAGGUGCACCUUCAAAGAUCAUCUUCAGAAGCACGAGCAGACCGAAGAGAGUACAGACCACAACACCGACAAAAACCUUCUAGUAGCCCAAACUCUCGCAUCGAAAGUACUCAGCAACGCCAAUGUUCACCUAGUGUCAAUGGAUAUGCCCGUGACCUUCAGCAUCGACGACGCCUCCGGCUUGUGCUGGCGAUUCAGCAGCGAGAUCCUGAGCACUUCGAACCCCUGCCUGAUCACCAUCGUGGCGGACGGGCAUACCUCGGAACCACUGGAUCUCACCGUCAAGGUGAACUCUGAAGACACGGCGUUCGGACUGAACCUCAUGAACAGAAUCGUGGCGAUCAUAGAGUGAAGGGGCACUUUUGAGUUAGGCAAAUUUGGUUCAAAUGCUACUUUUGUGGAUACUGUAAAUCAUUGUGCAUCAUUGUGAAUGCCGAGGGCGUAGAGUAACCCGACAGAUUGUUGUACAUCUUUUUACCACCUUGUAUUCCUUUUCUCAUUGUUAGAUUUGAUUUUCUUUUGGUAAACUGAUGGCAAACUUGCUGUUGUUACAAAGUGCGACAGAAUCCGCGAUAGCACGCGUCGCGGUGUGCUGCUGGAUGGUAAUGUUGAUGAUGACACUGUAAGUAAUGGCAUGAGAUUUCUGUGGGACCAAUAAAUUCCAGAGUUUUAACUACA